UGCUGCCGUGCCUGGCAUUCUUAAUCCCGUGGUUCUUAUGCAAAAAUUGAAAGAUGGCACAUUAUUUCCAUACAAUUAUGGUCACAAAUGGAAAGAUGGUUCUUUACGUACCGAUAUUCCUAGUCAAUCACUUUACAUGCACUUCAAUGUGAAAAAUACUAUUGUUUCUCAAGUUAAUCCCCAUGUUCAUCUAUUCUUUUAUGCCCCACGUGGCACUGUUGGUCGUCCUGUUAGUUUUGUUGUUGCUAGCAUAGAACAAUAUUUAAAGUUGGAUUUAAGUAAAUGGUUAAAAUGGGUUAGGGAUCUUGAGCUUCUACCAAAGUUUGCUGAUCAAGAUUGGAGUUCUAUUUGGCUACAAAGAUUUGAAGGAAAUAUUACAAUAUGGCCAAAAUCUUCAAUAUGGGAUUUCUUUUAUAUCCUUUCUGAUCCUGAUCACAAUAGAUUGGAACAAAUGAUAAUUAAAGGUCAGCGUGUCACUUGGCCAAAACUUCACAUGAUCUCUAACCGUUUAAAAAUUGAACGUGCAAUACAAAGAGGUCGUAGCGAAUUGAAACGUGAAGAGCGAAGAAAUAGAUAUGAUCGCUUUGCUCCUAAUGAUGGACUGGGCAGAAUUGAUCGUGAUAGUUCAAGUUCUCCUGACGGACUCAAUCGCCCUGGUCUUCUUAGUCGCAGUAACAGUGACGGAUUUGAGCUUUCGAGUG